UCUUUGGCUUGAAUUUCCAGUUUUUAUGCCUUUAAAUGUCUUAUUUCCUGCUCUUACAAAACUUCUUUUAGAGAUAAGGCAGCUUUAACUUCAUUUCACGUAUAUAUUUGGUCGCGUACAUUGCUGCUCUACUGAACAAGCACGCUAUAGAAAUGUCGGUUGAGACGGAUGAAGAGGGAUGUGUUCUAGRUCAUGUUUCACGUUUCGAUAUGUUCGGUUUUGCUGUAUUCAAAGACGGAACUGUUCAAGCAGAAGACGACGAAAGAUGCCAUGAUUUCAGUGAUUCCUCGACCCUUACGAAGGACAGAACUUGGAAGAGAAUCCUAUCAUCCCUAGAUAAAGACAACGUUUGCAUGUCACCUCAAUAUGUUCGUCUAGCCAUCAAACAUGGAGUACCAAAAGAAGUGAGGGGAGAUUUGUGGAACAAAUUAUUGGAUGCUUCGGCUAUCAAGGCUAAUAUCACCUUUAGCUAUCAGACCACCCUCAACGAGAUWCGUAGUCUCUUGGUUGAUCUUGGUGUCAGUGAAUAUGGAGGAAGAAACUGUAUACAACAGCUUGGACAAGUCAUUGGAAAACUCAACAUAACCAGUAACGAUAGUGAUGAUAGUCCAGAAUCGCUGCAGAAAAGAACAUCAGCAAAAAGCGAAAUCCAUCAAAAACUAUCCAUCUUAAGACAGAUCAUGUUAGACCURGAUAGAUCUUUUCCCACCCACCGUCUUUUCAUGGAUGGUACUACCCAGGGUAAGGAGGGUAGAGCGUCACUGUUUCGAGUGYUGGCUGUGUACUCACAGUAUAACAAAUCAGUUUCCUAUUGUCAAGGGAUGUCCUACAUCGCAGGAAUGCUAUUAAUGAACAUGGAAGAGGAGAAAGCUUUCUGGUGUCUKGUGUCGCUAUUUGAACGCCCGAAAUACCUCAUGGGAUAUUUUGAUAACUCCCUCAGCAAAAUACAGCGACAUUCUCUUGUAUUUGAAGCUCUGAUGAAGCAGAGAAAACAUAAUCUCCACAAACAUUUGGAAAAGCAUGGUAUCGAUCCCUUGAUAUACCUGACACCUUGGUUUAUGGCUUUAUUCACGUCACUGCCUUGCUGGGAUACAGUUCUGUUCAUAUGGGAUUUGAUUAUUCUUGAAGGAGUAUCAGUAAUUUUCCAAGUCGCUCUCUCAAUCCUUGAAGUCCUCUCAGAUUCUUUAAUGAAGUCUAACGAGAUGUGUCAUUGUUUACCCAUCCUGCUUCAUCCUCCGGCACGAUUAAUCAAAAGGAGUAGCCUGGUUCCAGUGAUCCUCAGAAUUAAAGUACAGAAAUGGGAAAUCGAGUCCAUUCAGGACGUUUUACAUGAAGAAGAAGAACGAACCAAUGCCAAAAAGAGACGCAUUAAUAGCAACAAGGAAAAUACUCCAAGCUUUAAAAGAUUUAAGCAACAAUCUAAUGAUGCCAAACAAGGAASCUCAGUCCCAGUCUUCCAUGAGCCACCAAUCAUCAAUCGMUUCGUGGAUUACAUCACCGGCCCCCUAAAGAAUGCCAUAUUUGGUAACGAUGAAGCUCCAAGUAACCAAGACAAAGAGAUUGAAAUGGUGACGUUUAGCUCAAGAUCUCACCAAAGYCCACCAGUGAAUAUAGGAGUGUGUUGUUCCACUGGACGCACCCCYCUGACCUCCAACUUGCCAUUAGAAGAUAAGAGAAAUAUCAAUACAAAUUCUCCAUUUUCUCCUGGUGCAAUGAGACGAAAGUCUCGAAGACACCACCACGCGGUAAAAGCACUUGGWAGUCCGAUACGACGCAGUCCUCGACUACUGGCUAAGCAGCGUAUGCAGGCCUUUAAUGCUUCAACUUCAAGUUUAGUGGGCAACUCGGCUAAGAAUCAACAUUCUUUUCGUACAUUCUAUACUCGAACUCCUUUGCGGCCUACCCAGUUUCAGUUCAAUGCUAAGAACCACAGGAUAACCAGUACGUCACCGCUGUCCUCAGAAUCAUCGGGCUUCUCUCCCGAAAUGCCUUUCACGCCUGACAUUGAGUUGAUGGAAAUCAGUCAAGCAGACAAGAAACUUGAUUUUGACGUUGUAUAAAUUUUUUAUCUCAUUUUUCUCUUGUCCUUGCGUUCGUUUUAUAGUUACAUGUAAUGCUCAAGCUGUGAGUCACACAGACAUUUUAUUAAUGCAGCUUCUCUUMAAUCAAACGCUGCUUGUAUAACAAYGGAAUCAAAUGAAUUAAAAAAUGCGAUACGCCAA